AUGAUAAUUACUGUUGAACGAUUGAGUGAAGUCAGGCAAUUGCAAGGAGAGCUCUCUGCAUUCAAGUACCAAUUGACCGAUAGUCCACCAGGGGGCAGCAGAAGCACGAGUUUUAGCCAGGACCUACCCUCCUUUAAUGACCCAGAAGUGCUGCCCCUGAAGGCUGCGUUCAGUGCAGGCAACCAUUGCCUGGGAAGGCCAGGGGAUCCUGAGUGGAUCGGGCCUGCGGCCACCCCAGGCUCCUGGUGGGAUGUGCCGGUGGGGCUCCGGGCAGAUGAAGGAAGGCCUGGCAUCCCUGCACCAUUUGAUCGAGCUUUUGACUCUUCCUUCCAGAAGCCGGGGACCAUUCUUCAAGCUUUGAAAUCCCAUCCCCGGCUUUGUAGUGGCCCCGAGGGGGCGGGCACAGCCCAGCGCUGGGCCUAUAAAGAGGGCGGCGGGGACAGCGACCGGGAUACAGCUGCGUGUCCAGCGGCCAGUGUUCGGGGACUCUGCUUGGCUGGGCUCGGGCUGCUCUUAACCGUGUGCCAGCACCCGGGCUAUCAAGAAACCCGGCAGACUGACCCUGCGCCUGCUCGCUUCCCGCGGCGGGAUCUCGGAGCCUUCGAGUCGGACCACUCCGCAACGCUCCGCUCCGAGCGCCCUCUCUCUACCUUCCUCCUGCGCUCAGACCGCUCAGACCGUGCGGACCCGUCGGUGGGCAGUGUGCGCCUCCGCCUCCUCGCCAGCCCCGACAUGGCGGCCCUGGCCCCGGCCCUGGCCGAGGGGGCGGCUCGAUUCCUGCUGGCGCUGACCGCCGCUCUCUGCUGCCCGCCGUGCGCCCCGGCCGCCACGCUCAACUCUGCGCCCGUCAACUCGAACGCUAUCAAGAACGGACACUCAGGGCCCGGCGGCGGCGGCGCCGGAGGUGGCGGCGGCGGCGGCGGCGGGGGCAGCAUGGGGCUAGUGCCCUUCUGGGCAGUCAGCGUGGCGCCCGGGGACGGCGGCCUGUUCGAGCGACCCAACGGCUACAUACACGCCGACAACAAACACCAGCAACAUUUUCUGUGCGUGGACGACAAAGAUUGCGGGCUGGAGGAGUAUUGCGACGCUGGCUCCAGAGGCGGUGGCGGCGGCGCCGGCAGCAUCGGGGUCCAGAUCUGCCUCCCCUGUCGGAAGCGCCGCAGGCGCUGCCAGCGUUCGGUCAUGUGCUGUCCGGGAAACUACUGCAGCAACGGGAUAUGUGUGCCUUUGGAUCAGAACCACCUCCAUGCCAUCGAAAUGGAUGAGAUGACUACAGAGCCGGUGAAUAACGACCACACUCUCUUGGAUGACCAGCCCAGGAGAACCACUCCAUCUGCCAAGACCAAAGGUCAGGAAGGCGCCGUCUGCCUCCGCUCCUCCGACUGUGCCGAUGGCCUCUGCUGUGCCCGCCACUUCUGGUCCAAGAUCUGUAAGCCGGUCCUCAAGGAGGGGCAGGUGUGCACCAGGCACCGAAGGAAAGGCUCUCACGGACUGGAGAUUUUCCAGCGCUGCUUCUGUGCCGAAGGCCUCUCCUGCCGCGUCCAGAAAGAUCACUUGACCAAUAACGCGGCAUCUCGGCUUCACACCUGCCAGAAACACUGAGCCGUCGUCAUCGGUCAAUGGCCGGCUGGCCAGAUGGACUCCUCCAUUUCUCUUGUCAGCCGAAGCUUCGAGAGGGACAGGCUCGGUGUCUACAGCUGCACUCUCCAAACGCUCCUUCCGGCAGCCUGGGUGCAGUGGCUUUGUUUCUGUAGGGAACGAACAAACAGUGACUGUUUGCAGUAAAUUACUGUGUUGUAAAUACCCAGUGGGCAUUUCCCUGUACAUGAUCCUAAAUGUCUAAUUAUUUUCUCAAAGUGCUGCAUUGUCCGCAAUUUACCCAAGCCUUGUAAAUUUUGUACACACUGGCGAUGUUAUCUCGAGUCCGAUAAAUUUUCUAUUUUUAAUUGAAAUAAAUAAUUUCUGCAUAA